AGCUAUUAAAUAAAAUACAUGUCUACUGCACUUAUAAUAUGUGGUUACUGUCACUUCUCGCGCGUUUCCCUUUAAAAGUGAGGAAGCAGAGGUAGGUUGUUGGAUAUGAUUUCAGUCAGCACCUCAGAUGGCUCAAGUACAAGCUCGGCUGAUAUGCAAAAAGACACGCUCUGCAAGGCAGGUCGCACCGACCGCAGAAGAUUUCAUAGUUUUCUCUACAAGUUCACUACAAGUGCGAGAGGCGUCUUUUCAGUGGACUACAGGCACCGACAAAAAUAUUGAAGUGGACAUUUGAGAAUUCCCAAACCUGCGCACUCCUCACUUGCCUUUGGAGAGGCACGCAUAGUUUCAGAGGACAUGACUACACUUUUAUUUGUCAGCGGUCACUUGGAUGAACAAGUUCGUUCGAGAGUUAUCCACAGUUGGAGACACACUGCGAGCUUUAUUAAGUCGCACUUCUCUUCCUUGCGCAAACUGCAUUCCAAGUUUCUGCUUCUUAUAAUUUGUCGCCAUGUUAUCAAGAAAGGAUCUCAUUCUAGACGAUUUUGUUUUGACUCGAUUGGCAGAGGACGUCUUUCAUCCAAGGUUCAGCGAAGCGAAGAAAAGGAAAGUGAGAUUCGUUGACAAGAAUGGGACUUGUAAUGUUGCUCACACGAACAUAAGAGAACAAGGACGCUUUUUGCUAGACGUCUUCACUACUUUAGUCGACCUAAAAUGGUUACAUACUCUUUUGAUAUUUACAAUGUCAUUUCUGUGCAGUUGGUUAUUGUUCGGCAUGAUUUGGUGGCUAAUUGCUUUUGCACAUGGAGACUUGGACCAGAAAGGAGACGAUUUUAUUCCGUGCGUCACGAGUAUUCAUUCCUUCGCCUCUGCUUUCCUAUUCUCAAUCGAAGUGCAAGUAACUAUUGGUUUUGGCGGACGCAUGAUCACCGAAGAGUGCAUCUCCGCAAUUGUUGUACUUAUUAUCCAGAAUAUAGUGGGUUUGGUUGUUAACGCAAUUAUGUUAGGCUGCAUUUUCAUGAAGACGGCGCAAGCCAACCGGCGAGCGGAGACGCUGAUUUUCAGCAAACACGCGGUCAUAUCUAUUCGGAAUAAUAAACUGUGUUUCAUGGUUCGCAUUGGAGACCUUCGGAAAAGCAUGAUCAUAAGCGCAUCUGUCAAGAUGCAAGUAAUUAGAAAGAACACCACGCUAGAGGGGGAAGUGAUUCCUCUCAAUCAAAUAGACAUUGAAUUAGACAAUUGUUCGAAUGGCAUCUUUCUUGUUUCACCUCUUAUCAUCUCUCAUGUGAUUGAUAAAAACAGUCCUCUGUAUGAUUUAUCAGAAAUCGACCUGCAAGAAGAGAACUUAGAGAUUGUUGUUCUUUUAGAGGGUGUGGUUGAAACCACUGGUAUCACAACACAAGCAAGAACGUCUUAUCUGUCAGAUGAGAUUUACUGGGGGCACAGAUUCCUCCCCAUCGUGAGUGAAGAGGAGGGAGUAUAUGCUGUGGAUUACUCGAAAUUCGGCAACUCGGUGAAAGUGCCUACGCCGAGUUGCAGUGCCAAAACAAUGGACGAAGGGGGAGUUUCUUUCCGACUCAAAAGGGGCGAGACAUUUCGGAGUACUGUCAGACGUCGACCUCAAAGUGUUACUGAGGAUACCCUAAACUGUUAACCACAACUUUCGAGGAUCAGUGAUGACUGGAACGUUUUGUGUGCCAAGGCAGAAUUCGAAGCCUCUUCUUGGAGGUAGUCUACUUGUUGCAUGACAUGGGUGAUUUCCCUGUUGUUAGUACUUGAACUUGUCGGUUUACAAAUUGAGUUACUUAUAUGUUAAUACGGGAUGCAACUGAUGUCUUGUGUCUGAAUCAGGGCAUAAAUGUGGAAGCCUGCUGGAUUUUUUGAUUCCUGAAAGACUGCUUGUCUCAUUUGUUUAUUUUUUCCCCCAAGAUUUUUUUCUUGUCAGGACUACCAUUAUAAAGCUUGUAAAAAAAAAAAAAAAAAAAAAAAAAAAAGUUUCUCAGCUAUAGAGUAAGGGAAGUGUAAG